AUGGUGAUGGAACAAGUCUUGACACCGGUGAAGGAGUUAUCGACGGCGGAGCAAGCUUCGAUUGAAUUUUACGAUCAGUUAUCGCAAGUGAAGACGAAGAUGCAAACAUCGGAUUUGCAAACGAAGGAUCAAUUAGAGUCUCUGAACUCGAGGAUCGGUUCGCACGAACAGAUGAUGACGGAGAUUAACAAGAAAUUGGAGUUUUUGAUCAAGCAUCUUCCUGGGAAAGAAACGGUGCAAGAACUCGGAGGAUCAAGUCGAGAGGGAGCUACGAGAUCACAAGAUCCUCAAUACCAGGUACCAAAUUCUAUUUUGGAACCAUGCCGUAGUGAAAUUAGGCCAGGUUUACGAGAAAAUCUUCUCCGAAAUGUUGAGAUGGCCAUUUUCGAGGGGUUUGGCAUCUAUGGUUGGAUUGCAAAAGUAGAACGGUUCUUCGCCAUGGGUGGUUAUAACGAAGCGGAGAAGCUAGCUCUUGUUUCCGUGAGCUUACAAGGCGAAGCAUUAAGCUGGUAUAAUUGGGAGAUAAACAGAAGACAGUUCGAGAGUUGGGAACAAUUUAAAGCUAGGUUGAUGUUGCGUUUUGGUAAUCUGAAGAUUCGAGGACCUAGCCAAAGUCUGUUUUGCAUCAAGCAAACGGGAACAAUCGCGGAUUACAUCCAACACUUUGAAGAUCUCUCUUCACAAGUAACUGGACUGGAUGAUCAGAAGUUGGAAGGCAUAUUCUUAAAUGGUUUAUCUCAGGAGAUGCAGGAGCUGGUACACAUGCAGAAGCCACGUGAUUUACCUGAGAUGAUUGCAGAAGCAAGAGCCUUGGAAGGAAGUAUUAUGAGCCGUGUGGUUAAGAAGGAGUUAUUGUUAGCAAACAAAGAAAACAGAGACCCUCACACUUAUGAACAACGAGCUCAGUCAGGGGUUAACAACAAUAACUGGAAGACAAAAGUCAUUACUGCAGAGCCAACAGCAAUGGGGGAGAAGCAGUUGGUGCGUGUUGAACCAAGACCUCGGAGACAUAAUACGAGUGCAGAACUAGACGAGAAAAGAAGGAAGGGCAUUUGCUUUAAAUGCGAUGGACCGUGGUCUAAGGAUCAUAAAUGUCCAAAUCGUGAAUUAAGAGUGCUGACAGUAUUCAAUGGAUAUGAAGUAGAAGUUUUGGAUGGAAAUGGAGAGGAAGAAACAGUAGAUGAGAUUGUUGGGGAGUGUAUGGCACUUUCGUUCUCAUCUUACAGAGGACUCUCAUCUCCUACAACUACUAAGGUGCGUGGGACAGUAGGCAAAGACAAGGUGGUGAUAAUGUUAGAUAGUGGAGUAUCACAUAAUUUCAUUUCACCUGCAGCGGUUAAGAAACUUAAGCUUAAGUGCAGAACAUAUCCUAACCUGAAUGUCCUACUAGGCAACGGAUUGUUGGUGAAUGGCUUGGGAGUCUGUGAGAAAGUAACAUUCUCAACUCAGACCUUUGAGUUCACACAAGAUUUUGUGGUGUUGGAGUUGGGGCAUAUUGAUAUAAUAUUGGGGGUAGCUUGGUUGAGUACACUCGGGGAUUGCAGGGUCAAUUGGUAUACUAAUGAGAUGUCAUUCCUUUACAAGGGUAAGACAGCUCAUCUGCGUGGUGAAGACGACUUGAACAAUACGAAGAUGUCCUUGAAGUCUUUGUCUAGCAAUUAUACAGUCUGCUCAAAAGGUGUGGCAAUGGAACUGUACAACCAUCACCUGACACAACCUGUUAUACAACAAGGGGAUCCAAGGAUUCAGACGGUUCUUUCUAAAUUCACGAGUGUGUUUGCGAUUCCGACAUCAUUACCACCUAUCAGAGGACGUGAACACGCUAUUAACUUGGUUCCAGGAACAACUACAGUCAGUGUGAGACCGUAUAGAUAUCCACAUGCUCAAAAGGAAGUCGUGGAGAAGAUGGUACGAGAUAUGCUAGAGGCUGGCAUCAUUCGACCAAGCCAAAGUCCUUUCACAAGUCCGGUUUUAUUAGUCAAAAAGAAGGACGAUAGCUGGCGUUUUUGUGUUGACUAUAAAGCAUUAAACAGGGCUACUGUACCAGAUAAAUUUCCUAUACCAAUGAUCAAUCAGCUUUUGGAUGAGUUAAAUGGUUUGGUGAUUUUUUCCAAGCUGGAUCUUCGAGCAGGAUAUCAUCAAAUCAGAAUGAAGGAAGAAGAUGUGAUUAAAACGACAUUUCGAACACAUGAUGGACAUUAUGAGUUUCUUCUUAUGCCGUUUGGUCUUACAAACGCCCCUGCCACUUUUCAAGCCUUGAUGAACGAGCUCAAGAGCUUGGAGGAACAUAUGGAGCAUUUGACAGUAGUGUUGAAGGUGUUAGAGGAGCAUUACUUAUUUGCCAAUCAAAAGAAAUGCAUGUUUGGUCAACCACAAGUUGACUACUUGGGUCACAUAAUAUCUUAUGAGGGAGUUUCAACAGACCCUACUAAGACUCAAGCGAUGACUAACUGGGUGACUCCUAAGUCAGUUAAGGAGUUGAGAGGAUUUUUGGGCUUUACAGGAUAUUAUCGGAGGUUCAUUAAAGGCUAUGGAGUUUUAGCUAAACCCCUAACAGACUUGCUUCGGAAAGACAGUUUUGAUUGGUCACUAGCAGCUCAACAUGCAUUUGAUGUACUGAAAAAGGCAAUGUCUACAGCCCCUGUACUCGCAUUACCAGAUUUUGAUGAAGUCUUCAUUGUUGAAGCAGAUGCGUCGGGGUUUGGUUUGGGAGCGGUGUUAAUGCAGAAAAAGAGACCAAUCGCUUAUUUCAGCCAUGGUUUGACUUCUAAAGAACAGCUUAAGCCAGUUUAUGAGAGAAACCUUAUGGCGAUAGUCUUAGCAAUUCAGAAAUGGAAGCAUUAUCUGUUUGGAAGACAUUUUGUUGUGCAUACAGAUCAUAAGAGCUUAAAAUUUUUACUGGAGCAGAGGGAAGUAACUAUGGAUUAUCAGAAGUGGUUGAUCAAGCUUCUGAACUAUGAUUUUGAAAUUUUGUAUAAACCAGGAGUGGAGAAUACAACAGCAGAUGGGUUGUCUAGAAUGAUUCAACCUCUUGGAACAUUGUCAUCGUUAUUGCUGAUGGCCUUGACAGUUCCUACUGCGCUACAACUCCAAGACAUUUAUGAGGGAAUUGAGAAGGAUGUAGUGAUACAAGAAGAGACAAAGGCUUGCAUAGAAAAACCAACUCGUCACACUAAAUUUGCAGUCAGAGACGAUAAGUUGUGGCUCAAGCAAAUGUUGGUGAUUCCAAAAACAUCUAAGGCAAUACGACUAAUACUAGAAGAAUGCCAUUCGGGGUUGUUUGGUGGACACUCAGCAGAGUGUGAGAUUUGUCAACGCCAUAAGUACUCGACGUUAUCACCAGCUGGUUUGUUGCAACCAUUGCCACUUCCUGAACAUGUUUGGGAGGACAUAUCGAUGGAUUUCGUGGAAGGCUUACCCACUUCUCAAGGCAAAAAUGUCAUCUUAGCGUGGUGGACAGACUGA